AUGGCUGUUAUUGACAGACAGUUAGCACUUUAGUACAUGAUGUACAUUUGCACCUUAGGAGGAUUAGCUGGUUAACAUGGGACCUUAACAUAGGAAGAUAUGUUUUUUGAUUCUACUAAAAGCACUUACACAUUGAAUAUGAUUGAAUUUGAAGCAGUCAUAUACUUUUAAAUAGACGCUUCCUUCCUAAAAAAAGCUAUUUUGAUUUUCAGAUUUUCCAUCUCAAAUGAGAGAAUGUUUCAUCACAAACAGCUGUAACCUGGAUAUGAAUGCCCAUCGGGUUAUUGUGGGUUGCAAAUGUUACUGUACUCCAGGAAGCCCUCCUUUCUGUGUAAAGUAGGAUCCUUCUGUACGUCCAUAUCAUUUUGAAGUUACUAACAUCAAAAAACAUUUUGUCGAAGCCCCUUUCAUUUUUCAGUCGCGGCGACAAGGACAUGAGAAGGACCACCAGAGGAGAGAAUGUGAAAGUAAUCUUACCAUUUUGCAGAAUGGGGCCGUGGGUCGCACUUCUCUUUAUCGUUUAUCUGCUGCGUUCAUGUGAAACAGAAGGGCCCAUUGCUGUGACUCCUGUGUUUGUGAAGAAGGGAGAUGAUCUGAUUCUGAAUGUUGAUGAUGUUCCUGAGGAUGUUUUAAUUGUUGACUGGAACUUCAAUAAAACGGUCAAAUUAGUAAGAUUUACAUCCAGUGGACAGCCAACUGUCUUCGUUGAUUUCAUUGGAAGGAUUGAGUUUCCUGUGAAAGAAUUCUCUGUGAAAUUGAAGAAUCUUCAAAAGGCAGACAGUGGAGUUUAUACUGCAAAAGUGUUAACGGCUCUAGGAGACAAACUAGCUGAAUACAAGGUCACAGUUGAAGAUCCAGUGUCUCCAGUUAAACUGACAGUGGACCCAGUGGACCCAGUGGACCCACUGGUCUCCAGAAGCUCCUGUAAUCUCACUGUGACCUGCAGUACACAGGACUCCCACAUCAGCAGCACUAUUAGAUGUGUCAACCAAACCUGCAGUCAGGAGGGAGGAGAGCAACCAGAGGUCACAACCUCUGGUGCUUCUCUCCGGGUCUACCUGUUGAAUAGCUCAAUCAUCUGUAACCAUAGUAACCAUGUUAGCUGGACCAAAGACGUUAAAAUGAUUGAAGACUUUUGCCCCAAAUAUGCUGAUCCUCCCCCUCCCCCUCCCCCUCCCUCUUCCAAUCACAUUGUGAUUGUUAUUUGCGUCAUGUUUCCUCUCAUCAUAAUGGCUGUUCUGUUAGGCCUGUUUCUUCAUCAUCGACAGAGAGGAACCUAUAAAAGAGAGACCAUCGAGAAUACUGUUUAUGGAGUUCCUCAGGUCGCACCUACAGCCCAACCUCGGGAUCAGAAUCCGACAGAUGAUGCUUCAGGUCUUUCUCCAACCUCCACCUACAGCUUGGUAGGACCUCACACUGGACCUCUGGAACCCACUGAGACUAGAGACACGACUCAACCAGAGAGCGUGUAUGCUCAGGUGAUGAAGCCAUCUAGGUGCUAAACAAUCAAUGAAGUAUUCAACAAUUCCUGAAGUUUCAAGUUCUAUUUAAAGCUAGGGUGGGUAUUAAUUAAUUAAUUUCUUUACUGUAAUAUUUGGCAAAACUGUCCUAAUAGCCAGUCAGCUAUAUGUAGGUGAAGUGCUCUGAGAAUAUCUGCUCAUAACUUUGCUCUCCCCUGCCUCUGUGGGCCGCACCCAAAAAUUGCCACCGCUCAUGUACACUUUGACCAAUCAGAGCGAGGCUCCGAUUCUCCGUUCUUAUUGGCUGUGGGACUGUCCGGUCACCUUGGCAACGACGUUGGUGCGUCCCUGCGUGUUUCGUCUUCCUAUCAAUGUAACUGAAUUCACAUGAACGCGCAUAACUGACGUUCGGUGGGAGGAGCUACAGCAGGUAGCGUGGCAGGGAGAGGCCAGAGAGCACGCGACGGAAUCUCAACGGCUGUUUUCGCCCACCCUAGCUUUAAGUGUUGCCAAAGAUAUCAAUGUUUAAGUUUAUGGGACCUGCUUAUGUGAAGAAAUAAUUUGUAUGUAUGUACAAAGUGAGAACAGUGAUAAUUGGAUACAAUCAAUGGAUAAUAAAU